AUGUACAUUGAGACAGUAAGCAUCACAGGCCAAAUGAGCCAAAGCUCGCUCAAUAAAGACCGUGAUGGAAAUGAGGCUGAAUCGGCUGAUCUGGACACCUCUGGGUUCCCUUAUCGCGAGGAUGCUCCAGGGCUCUUAUCGCAGCUGCUACGGCAAGCGCAGCGGCAACUCGCGCAGCGUGUGCGUAAUAGACACCUUGGCGCCUGA